GUCAUGUUGGGUCCACGCUGAGUUGUGUGCAGUUCUGCGCCGAUAUAUUCUAGGCCGAGUAAUCGGUUGUAUUGUAUGAAGUGAAGUUACGGUAGCGAGACAGGGUGUAACAGCAAGAGUAAAAUACAUAAAUUGAUGUUAUUUAGUGAAAACAAUGGAAGGCCAAAAGGACGCACCUCCUCCUAAGCAGCAGCCGAUGAUCUACAUUUGUGGAGAAUGCCACACGGAAAAUGAAAUAAAAGCAAGAGAUCCAAUCCGAUGCAGAGAAUGUGGUUACAGAAUAAUGUACAAGAAAAGAACAAAACGAUUGGUUGUGUUUGAUGCUCGCUGAACUGAAUGAAAUUUGGAUACCUGUGGCUGACACCUGCUUUACAUAUAUCAGAUUUUGUUGAUUCCAGACACUUUCUUUUGGAAAGCAAAGCAGUAUAUAGCAUGUCUCAAUUAUAAAAUGUAAAUAUUACAUGUUUUGUAAUAAAGAUUUUUAGAAUAGUA